AUGGGGAAAGGUGGAAAUCAGCCAGUAAAUUACAAGGAUGGUGUUGAUGAGAUUUCGAGCAGGGCAUCCAAAAUCUGCUAUUCUUGUAAUCCUACUUUGUUCGAAACUGCAACAAGUGUUGCUGUCAAAUCAGACAAGAAAUUUACUAGAUUGGACUUGUAUACGAGAGUUGGAUUAAAUCAUCCCCACUUGCAAUCAAUUUUGGAAGAGCCGACAGAUGGUUACAAAGACCCCAUCUACUGUGAUAAAAUAGAUAGUGACACAAGAACUAAUGCCAUGACAGGACAGUCCCUUGCCAAUUUACUCGGUUAG